AUCGUGAGCAGGAAGUCGGAAAAGAGAGCAGAAACUGAGUGGGCAGGGCCAUUUAAAAAUACCUGCUGCCUUACAAUAACGGGACCACAGACAGCACGGGGCAGCGCUUUGGCGACUUCGCGCAGAGGAGAUGCCAUGCUUGAUGUUAAUUCUACAUUUAUUAGUCUGCUUCUCUGCGCUCUAAAGUAGCUACAAAUUAAACAACGUGGUUGGGGAACAUCUGCCUGCUGUCACCACUUCUUAUUCAUAAACAACAUAUGACAUGAGGACUGAAUGCAUGGAGACAGAAAUGUGAUGUAACGCAAAAUAAGCUACAUUCUGCGUAUCUGGAUGCACAGGGAAUUUGCCGCAAAUAAUGUUUCCUAGAGGUUGAAGUUUCCAAUGCGUUAAAAGGCAGGUGCAUUUUUGCGCACCCUUGAAUUGCUUUGGCAACAACACUGUUAAUUUUUUGGGACACUGAUGGUCUUUCAGUAGUAAGCAGCACUACAGACGGCGUGUGUGGGGCAUAUUUGACGUCAAAGUACGCAUAUCAAAUGCACAGAAUUAUUCCUGAACCACUUAUUUAACAUGGCAUCUACAAUAGAGAGGAAGACAUUGGAAGCGAACGAGGAACCAGUCGACGAGGUGCUUCAGAUGCCCCCAUCGCUGCUGACAUGUGGCGGCUGUCAGCAGAGCAUCGGGGACCGUUUCUUCCUCAAGGCCAUAGAGCAAUACUGGCAUGAGGACUGCCUGAGCUGUGACCUCUGCGGCUGCCGCUUAGGGGAAGUGGGCCGCAGGCUCUACUACAAGCUUGGCAGGAAGCUGUGUAGGAGAGACUACCUGAGCUUCCAGUCGGCGUUUAUCCCUGUAUCCUUGAUUAGCCUGAUUAGGAGCCCGCCCUCCACCCUGCCACAUUCCUCCCUUGUUCUCUCAGGCCGGAGAGCCUCCCCCCCCCUUUCCCUGGGGAGGGGUGUGCCUUCCGCCCCAUCUGCCGGCAGGUCAUCCCCGUCUACCUGGAUGAGGGAGGGGACAAGGGGAGGGAAACCAAAAAAAAAAGUGGCACCUACACGCCAUAAUGGAGAUCGUGCCAAAUUAACAAAAAAAAUUUAAAAAGAGAGGGAAAGACAUACACGGAGUGGGAGUGGGAGAGAGAGAGGAGAGGAGAGAGAGAGAAAGAAAAAAAAAACACUUACUGUCCGGUUCUCCGAUACGCCAAAGCUUGGUAUUCGGUCACUCCUCCACCCUCUAAUGGACGACAGCCAUGCCUCCCCGGACGGAUCGGAGGCAGUCCUCUGGUCCCUGGCGGAUGGAACGCCCCGACUCGUUUUCGGCUUAGCGGUAACCGCACCAGACGUUUGGUUGGGAGCCCCUCCUCCCCUCGCAGUUGGCGGCCGUUCCUCCACUUCAAGGUGGCCGGGCUCCUCCGUCAUCCAAAUGGCCGUGGAUGCUCCGUUGGGGUGGAUGGUAGUGGCGAGAACUCCACCUCGGUGCAUCCCUCCUUCUUCCCGGGUUUUGGCACCAGAGUAAAGGGAUUCAUGGAAACGAGGAGUCUAGAACCGGCUUGAGAAUAUAAACAAUAUUUUAAUAAGAACAAAAUAACAAACACACAAAAGUGUCGGACAGCUGUCCAUAACUCUCUCUGUUGCUCUGCAGCUUCCAGUCGGCCUUUAUCCCUCUCUGAGGCUUGAUUAGCCUGAUUAGGGGUUGGGUGUGUGGAAUCACAACCCGGUCCGCACUCUGCCCUGCCACAUCCUGGUUCAAAACCCUUUUAAAUUAAUAACUUUUUUGAAGUCUGUCCACCAAACUAAAAUUACAAUUGCAACAUAUUUUUGCUAUAGUUUUGCUUUAGUCCUGUGUGUGUCACAAAAACAGAGCCGACUUGCCAAGGCACUCUACAAGACCUCAAAUGGUGUCCUGUGGUAUCUUGCACCAAGACAUUAGCAGCAGAUUGUUCAACAAUGGUCUACAAUGAUGUUUAGGUAGGUUGCAUGUGCCAAAUUGAUGUCCAUAUGAAUGGCUGGAUCCAGGGUUUCCCAGGAGAACAUUGCCCAGAGCAUCACACUUCCUCCACAGGAGGAUCCUGGCGCCAUCAUUUCCCCAGGUAAACGGCGCACACCUAUAUGGCCACCCACGUGAUGUCAAAGAAAACAGGACUCAUCGGACCAGGCAACCUUAUUCCACUGCACAUAGGCCCAGUUCCGAUGCUUGUGUGCCAUUGUAGGUGCUUUCAAUGGUGGACAGGGGUCAACAUGGGCACUCUGACUGGUCUGCAGCUAUGCAGCCCCUUACGCAUCAGGGUGCAAUGCACUGUGUGUAGUGACACAUUCCUCCCGUGAUCAUCAUUCACAUUUUCUGUGACUUGUGCCACAGUAGACCUUCUGUUGGUUUGGCCAAACAGGAUAGCCUUCAUUGCGCUUGUGAUUUGAUGAGCACUGGGCACCCAACAUCCUGUCUCCUGUUUGUGGUUUGCCCCUCCUUGGACCACUGUUGGUAGGUACUCACCACUGCUGACUAGGAGCACCCCACAUGCCUUGCUGUUUAAGAGAUGCUCUAACUCUGUUUUCUGGCCGUAACAAUUUGGCCCUUGUUAAAGUCGCUCAGGUCUUUACUCUGGCCCAUUUCUCCUGCAUUCAACUCGUUGACUACAAGCACUGAUUGUUCGCUUUCCAUCUAAUCUACCCAGAACUUGACAUGUGGCCUUGUUAGGAGAUGAUCAAUGUUAUUUGCUUCACCUGUGAGUGGUCAUAAUGUUUUGGCUCAUCAGUAUAUAAUAUUUAAACUUUUACAAUUUUUGUUUCAAGUUUUGUUAUUUCAUAUUUAUACUUUUAUAAAAAAUAUUUAAUGGCAGGUUACACUGUGACAAAUUACCCCAUAGAUUGUAAGCAUAUUUCCUAAAAGGUCAAUGUAUCAUAAAUUAACUAAAUUGUUUUCUGGGCAAUAACUGAAAUGUUCAAUAGCUUUUUAUGUAGUCAACACUUUAAGGUAUGUGCCUAUACAGAAACAGAUUUUCAAAAACAUACCAACCCUGAGAAUUUGUAACUGGACAACAAGUGUGUGCAGUAUAUACUCUACAUUUAACAGUAUAUUGUCCUCAAUAUUGUUGCUGUAUUUGUCAAAACAACAAAAUGUUACUAUAUUUCUCUGCACUGUGGUGAGAUUGAAAUCUAUUUAAUCCUAUUAUUUGCAGUGACUUUCACAUCCUCAAAUCUGAUUAAAAAAAACCUUU